UCGUUAGCCGGACAGUGCGCGAGCCAGUUGACAGUUGCGGCCAGCAAGUCGUGAGGAUCGUUCGCCACCCGAUCGCUUUCGGUUCGCAGCAGCUCGGCGCUCUUCUCCCUUUAUGAAAGAGACAACAACAACAACAACAACAACAACAGCAGCAGCAGCAGCAGCAGCAGCAGCAGAGCCCCUCUCCGCCGCCGGGACCAUGCUCACGUCAACCGCAGCGACACUUCGCCUUUGUUUGUUGACUGCACUUUUGUGGGGGACCUGCCCACCGGCCCGCAGCGUCCAGGGCUUCGACGAGGAUGCGUUCGCCAUCCAGCACGCCGGCACAGGGAAGUGCCUGGCCACAGGCGCCUCGACCCACCUGAACCUCACCACCUGCGAUCCAAACAGCAGGUCCCAGAUGUGGAAGUGGGGUUCGGGCCACCGGCUCUUCCACGUGUCCACGUCCCACUGCCUGGCGUUGGACGUGCAAGCCAAGACGCUGUCGCUGGUCGACUGCGGCACCAACAUCCUGCUGUGGUGGCGCUGUCUGGACGGGGCCGUUUACACCGUCUAUCAGAUGGGCCUGGCGGUCAGCGAGGGCAAGGUUGCAGCCAGGCGGGACACGAAUGACACGUGGGUGAGAGGAGGGUCCCGGGACAACAUCUGCCAUAGGCCGUACCGUGUCGUCCACACCGUCAGUGGGAACUCUGCCGGCAAGCCCUGCGACUUCCCCUUCAAGUACAAUGGCAGCUGGCAUCACGGAUGUCUCCCCGACGCAGAUUUCCCUGAGCUGUCCUGGUGUGCCACCUCCUCCGACUAUGACCAGGACAGAGAGAAGGGGCUCUGUCUAACACCAGAAGAGGGCUGCAAGACUCUGUUCGCUGGGCCAGAAGGGGAAUUCUGUUACGAGUUUGCCUCCAGCGCCGCGGUGACCUGGCAGGCCGCGUUGGAUUCGUGUCGCAGUCAGGGAGCGGAUCUGUUCAGCCUGUCUGGGCCCGAGGAUCUCCACUCCAAAACCUUCCUGGACGGCCUUGGCAGUAUGCCUGAGAGGAUGUGGAUCGGCCUUCACCAGCUGGACACGUCUCAGGGCUGGCAGUGGUCAGACGGCUCCCCCCUCUCCGUCCUGCGCUGGGAAACAGGAAUGCCGUCCCCCUCCGCAAUUUUGGCAUCGGGCUGCGGGGUCCUGAACUCCAAGCAGAACUUUGAAUCGGAGGCGUGCAACAAACAGCUGCCAUACGUCUGCAAGAAGAGCGUCAAUGCCUCUUGCACAGCCACGACAGAGUCGUCCGUGUAUAAAGAAACGGUGUGUGCGGACGGUUGGGUCCCGUGGAACGGCUGGUGUUACAAGUUAGAGAAGGACGAGCCCCGGAACUUCACGGACGCCCUCCAGCACUGUAACACAACGGUGGGAGGACGGGACGGCUUCCUGGCCAGCCUCCACUCCAUUGACAGCAAGGAGAUGAUCAGCACUAACUUCCACGCAGAUGGCCAGUUCUUGGACGUGUGGAUCGGCCUGACCGGUAUCAACAUGAACCCAACUACGGUUUUCAAGUGGAUCAACCAGGCGCCCGUCACCUUCACCUUCUGGGGCCCAAACGAACCAGUCCAGCCCACCCAGGAUACCAGCUGCGUGUUCUACUCUGGAGAGUCUCACGGCUGGCGGGUCGGGACCUGCACUCUGAGGCUACCUUUCAUGUGUCAGACAAAAGGGGAGGUCAGGGAAUCGGCCACGCAGACUGGAUGUCGCUUUGAAGAUGGUUGGAGGAGACACGGCAACUCCUGUUAUCAAGUGAACACCAAACAAGUGUCCUUCAAAGAUCGCUGUAACAUCACCAUAAGGAACAGGUUUGAGCAGGCCUUCAUCAACCGUCUACUUGGAGAGCACAUCAGCCAGGAACCUCAGUAUUUUUGGACAGGCGUACAGGACAUCAAGAACACGGGAGAAUACCAGUGGCUGAGCCAGGACGGCUCUCCGGGUUUGGUUACGUACACCAACUGGGCCUGGUUUGAACCAGGUCAACAUGGAGGUUGCGCAGUUCUUUCCACCAACCAACCUCUGGGCAAGUGGGAGGUGAAGAACUGUACAAUUUUUAAGGCCGGCACCAUUUGUAGAGCAGACCUCAAUCCACUCCCGUCCCCCGAGCCAGAGCCGAACCCCAACACCACCUGUCCUAAUGGAUGGGUGUCCAGAGAAAACAUCAGAUACUGCUACAAGGUGUUUCACGAGGAGCGGCUGAGCAGGAAGCGCUCGUGGGAGGAAGCUGAGAGGUUCUGCCAGGCUCUGGGAGCCAGCCUGCCCAGCUUCACUAAUGUCGCUGAGAUGAGGGCCCUGCACAGCAUCAUGAGAGAAACCAUCAGUAACAAUCGGUACUUCUGGGUCGGCCUGAACAGGAGAAACCCAUCCGAUCGAUCGUGGCAGUGGAGCGAUGGUCGGCCUGUUUCUAUGGAGGUUUUACAAGAUGAUUUCCACGAGGAUGAUGCAUACAGCCGGGACUGCUCUGCGUUCAAGACGACGAAGAGCACCUUGAAACACCUCUUUGUGUUUCUGAACCACCACUUACCUCCCACACCUUUCUACAACACACCAUUUCACUGCGAUUCCAGGCUGGAGUGGGCCUGCCAAAUACCCCGUGGAAAGACGCCAAAGAACCCAGACUGGUACAAUCCCGGUGGGCACCACGAGACCUCUGUCUUCGUGGAUGGAGCAGAGUUUUGGUUUGUUCACGAGCCGAAGCUGACCUUUGAGGAGGCGAGGCUCUUUUGCAGCACGAAUGACAGCAAAAUGGCUGCUCCAACUACCUCCACCGCUGCCAUGCAGAUCCACCAGUACCUAAAAAAUAUAUCAAGUACUCCGAAGCAAAACUGGUGGAUUGACUUGACGGAGCCUGGGCGGAUAUUCCCCAUGACGUACACCCAGAUGUUCUUUUACCAUUCGGUAUUCCUGGGCAGAUGCAUCUCCAUCAGUCCUGAGAGCAUCUUUCCCAACCACGAACUGAGUUGCAGGCAGCAGUUGUCCUUUGUGUGCGAGAGACACAACAUCACGUCAGUGGAGAUCAAACCUCUGGAGCCUCAGCCCGGAGGACUGCCUUGUGGAAAUGAGUCUCUAUCCUUCAGGAAUAAGUGCUACACACUGAUGAGGAGCAAGAAACCCGUGCCGUUCAGGUAUGCCAAUGAGAAUUGCCAGUCAGUGAGAGGAACCCUGGUCACGAUAUCGGAUCAGGUGGAGCAAGAUUUCAUCACCACACUCAUGCCUGGCAUGAGAAACAUGGACAGGAUAUGGAUUGGUCUGAAAAUCAAGCGUAACGACCCCGAAUGGGUGGACCAGUCCCCGGUCGACUACCUCAACUUUAACCCCCUGCUCCUGGGCAUGCACAAGGCCAUACACAUCAAUACAUGGGAUCCGGAUAGUAUUGAUUUCUGUGUGUUUCUGAUCAACAACCCCGACUCUGCCAUGCUGGGGACCUGGGACUAUUCCUCCUGCACACAGUAUCAAAAUGUGGCUGUUUGCCAACACUAUGCAGAUAAAGUGGAGGAGCCCCAUGUUCGCGCAGAGCCCUUCCACAUCGGCAACCACACCGUCCAGCUUGUUGCCAAAAAUCUCACCUGGUUCGAGGCCUUGGAGCAGUGCAGAAGCAAAAACAUGGACCUGGCAAGUGUGGCCGACACCUUGUUCCAGUCCACUCUCACCGUGCACGUGAGCCGUGCGCGCACGCCAAUGUGGAUCGGCCUCUUCAGCGAAGAUGACGGGAUCCACUACCGCUGGACCGACCACAGUCACACCGUAUUCAACCGGUGGUCUUCUGACGUGACCAGUGGCUCGUGUGUCUAUCUGGACACCGAUGGCUUCUGGAAAGCCACGGAGUGCGAGCAGAAGCUAGGAGGCGCCAUCUGCCACAAACCACACAAAGAGACCAUCACCACGCCAGAGGACGUUGCAGCAAAGUGCCCGCAUAAGAUGAAUGGUCCAAACUGGAUCCCCUUCAAGAACAACUGCUACUCCUUCCAGCUGGUCUCCUCCCGCUGGGAAGAGUUCAACCAGGGACAGAUUCACGAAACCUGCAAAAAACUUCAUCCAGAUGCAGACAUCCUAACCAUCCGAAAUGCCGAGGAGAAUGAGUUCAUCAAGCUGCAACUCCUGCCGUUUCAAUCGUUGGCCCAGUUUGUUUGGCUGGGGCUGUUUAAAGACGACAACGAUGACCAGAUGAAGUGGUACGAUGGCACAAAAGUCCAAUACUCCAACUGGGCAAAAGGCAGACCGAAUGUGGACGAACCAUUCAUGGCCGGUCUCACCACCCAGGGCAACUGGCUUCUCGUGUCAAACCAAAACCUUUUCUCCGAGUUCAAGCAACGGACCAUAGUGACCUGCAAACUGGACCACGAACCCAAACAGGAGUACAACACAUCAUCCGCAGAUUUUCAGCGUUACGGCAACUUGACUUACGAUGUCGUGACCCGGAAAUUAAGUUGGUUCCAGGCUCUGGAAGAGUGCGGUCAGCGUGGAGGCCACCUGGCGAGUGUCCACGACCUCCAGCACAGCGCACACCUGGAGCUCAUCGCCAAGUCGGACGGCUUCCCGCUCUGGAUUGGCCUGUCGAAUCAGGACGUGAGCGACUCAGCCUUCGAGUGGUCCGACGGAACACGGUUCGACUACAAAGCCGCCAUCUCUGACUCAAAGGACGGCUCCGGCUCUGACCAACAAGAGGCCAGCUGCGUUCUCGUAACGCCCGCCGGAGCCUGGGUGAAGACGGGCUGCAACACGCUGGUGGACGGAGCCAUCUGCUACACCACCACCAUCACCACCACAUCCCAGAGGGCGAGAAUGCGUUCCGCCCCAGAGGCCAACCGCUGUCCUCAGAGCAACGGUGCGCCCAGCGGCAUGUCCAAGUGGGUGCGGCAUCAGGAUCACUGCUACGCCUUCGACAUGAGCUUCUACAACUACAGCGUCUACAGCAAGGAGCAGGCCGGAGGCAUCUGUCAGAGCAUGGACGCUCAGCUGCUGACCAUAAAAACCAAAGAAGAGAACGACUUUGUGUCAAAGUACAUCACCGACGACUCUCUCAUCACCGGUCGUGUGUGGCUCGGCAUCGACUUGGAUACUCAAGGUAAGCCUGUAUCCUGGCAGGACGGCUCAGCGCUGGCUUAUUCCAACUGGAAGCCCGAGGCCUCUGAUGCUGGGAAGAAAUCGGCCCCCCACUGUGCCGUCAUGGUGGCAGGGGAUGAAGGAAUCUGGAGUUUUGUCAGCUGCCAGGCGAGCUACAGUCGUGUUGUCUGCAAAACCGAAGCAAAGUCUGCAGGCUCUCCCGUGGCGCUGGGCCUCUUCAUCAUCAUCGUCAUCAUCCUCGUCGCCGUCAUCGGCUUCAUCGUCUACAGGAAGAAACGAGCCCACUUCCCUUCCACCGUCCGCUACAAGAGGACCUACGACGAGUCGGACGCCACCAGCAUCAUAACAGAUGCCGACUGAGCUCGCCGGAGUGAACCGCCUCAGGGAGUAUUGAUGUGCCUGCCUUGUGUGCAUUUUAGUGCAGCCCCCCCUCCUUUUUUUAUUUAUUUGUCCUGCUCAAGGUAUCCAACUUCCUAGAGUUGCUUUGAAACUGUAUAUAUUGUUUUUGUGAAUAUCAGUUUCUCCAUUUGGGUUAUUUUAGAUCCUCGUGUAAAUAAUAGCCGGUCUCUCCGGUGAGCGACGGUCGUCGAUGUCAAACGGGAUGUUUCAGUAAAUGUGGGGGUGUUUUUUGUUCGACAUGGUGUUUUUUGUUGAGUUGAUUUACAGAAAUAUGCAACAGAUUAUGUCUUAUGCUCUAUGCCUUCAAGGGUUAAAUUGCACUGAUGGAAUGAGUGACAACAAACCACGAGAACAAACCUCAGUUGUUCUACAUGAAAUGUUCACAGUCCGUAUUAAUUUCUCAACUUCAGAAAGUUUGAUUUCCCACGUCAUAGACUUUUAAUAGGACAGUUCAACUAAAAGUAUUUCUCUUUUUUAAAACUCGCAGCACUGCCCAGACCUCAGCAGUAGGUUGUUUUUUUUCCCAAAGUUUACUCGGCAACUCUCUGCCGUGUAUCUGAUGAGAAACUAUCUGUAUUGAGAGUCUGCACUGUGGACUGUGCCUUUUCAAAUAAGCAGACGAAAAAUCACUAUGGAUGAAAAUCUCACUGAUUGUGCCUUUUUUCACUCCAUUACUUCAGAGUAAAUUGGAGAUUUUUUUAAGCCAUUGGUUAGGGUUAUUUUAAUUCACUUGAUUUAUUAAUACCUAAAUAUGUUUUAGUUGUCUGUAUAUAUAUAUAAAAAAAAACAAAUCUAAAAGUUUAGUUCCGCUGAUUAGCUAUAGAAGAAUAUCACAGGGUCUUAGCCCCUCUAAGUGAACUGUUUGCCUGUUUGUAUUUCUUUUCUUAGAGCUGACUUUACUAUGCACUCAACUACUGAGCAAGAACGCACUUUAAUAUGUUGUGGAGCGACAGUUCCUAUUUUGUUUUAGCACAAUGUGGUUUGAAGAUGAAUUUUAUUUUAUUUUUCUUUUGAAUUGCACUGUUUUUUUUUCUGUAAAAGCUUUGUAAUCAUGUGACGCUUGUUUUAUAACUGGAGAGGAACCAAAGACACUCUGAAUCGUUUGAAUGUCAAAAGCCAGGGUUUUUCCUUUUCACUCUGUGGAAACGCCUCAACGCGGCUUGUACGUACCAAAGUGAAAACCAAAUGUCAAAGGUGGGGUUUUUGUUUGUUGUUCUAGUUUUUUUAAAUUAAUUUUUCCCACCACUCAAACAAAUCUACCAUCUCAAAUCAGGUACAGCAUCCUUCCAAUAAAAUCACGUCUUCA